UUUACAGGGAUUAUGGAUCCAAACGCAAGUCAGUUUGGAUGUAUGGCCUUCAGGACAGUCCAACCAAAUCUGAGGCCUCAGGACUGGACAGCAGUGAGCCUAUGGUGCUGGAGCAGUACGUGGUAGUGGCCAACUACGAGCGGCAGGAGAACUCCGAGAUCAGCCUGAAGGCUGGAGAGACGGUGGACGUAAUCGAGAAGAGCGAAAGCGGCUGGUGGUUUGUCAGCACAGCUGAAGAACAAGGCUGGGUUCCUGCCACAUACCUGGACUCUCAGAGCGGCACCAGAGAUGAUCUGGACUUGGGAACAUCUAGAUCUGGAGAAGUUACUAAGAGACGUAAGGCUCAUCUGAAGAGGCUUGACCGGAGAUGGACACUAGGGGGAAUAGUCAACCGCCAACAGAGUCGAGAGGAGAAAUAUGUCACUGUCCAGGCGUAUACCAGUCAGGGAAAAGAUGAGAUCGGGUUUGAGAAAGGAGUAACCGUGGAGGUCAUCCAGAAGAACCUGGAGGGAUGGUGGUACAUCAGGUAUCAGGGUAAAGAGGGCUGGGCCCCAGCCUCAUACCUGAAGAAACUGAAAGAUGACCUUUCCCCAAGGAAGAAGACUCUGACUGGCCCUGUGGAGAUCAUCGGAAAUAUAAUGGAGAUCAGUAACCUCCUCAACAAGAAAGCUGUAAGCGAGAAGGACAUUCAAACUGACGGAGAGGCCACCAGCCCUGAGCGCCACAUCUCCAAAAGUGAAAUCAGUUUACCUAUCCCAUAUGCCCCAGAGGCUGGAGUGGCACCCACAGUGGUCACUGGUUUGGGAAUGAACUCUGGAUCUAGUGCUGCCCUACAAGAGAACAAGAGCAGGGCAGAGCCGGGGUCACCUGCUAUAGCCCGGGUGGCACCACACAGAGUUGAAAUAGGAUUUGAUGCCAUAGGAUCUCCAAACCUCAGGCAGAAACCUCCUCCUCGAAGAGAUACAAAUCUGGCAUUCCAGUUGCCCAAACCUCCAGAGGCCCCUACUGUGGAAGCAGAGUACUACACCAUAGCAGAGUUUCAAUCCAGUAUCUCAGACGGCAUCAGCUUCCGUGGAGGACAAAAGGCUGAUGUCAUAGAGAAGAAUUCUAGUGGUUGGUGGUAUGUCCAGAUCGGGGAUAUGGAGGGCUGGGCACCCUGCUCCUUUAUCGAUAAACGCAAGAAGCCCAACCUGAGCCGGCGAACCAGCACACUUACUCGCCCUAAAGUUCCACCCCCUGCUCCACCAGUCAAGAAACAGGACUCAGAGGAAUCACCUUCUCUGGCUGGUUCUGCCUCCAAAGCUCCAGAAUCUCCCACUCAGUGUGUCUAUGAGGAGCCGGAAUAUGAUGUUCCCGCCAUUGGUUUUGACUCCGAUCUGGACAGUAAUCCUCCAAAACAAAAAAUAAAUAAUUCCCCAAAACCGGAGCCCCGUAAGUUUGAAAUUAAAAGCAACCCAGCAGCUGCCGAAAGAAUUGCACAGGCUGGCAAAGCAUCGCCUUUACUAAAAGUGAUGACCUCCCCCUUGAGGAAAAGAAACUCAUUGGAGGAUGUCAAUAAGGAGGAGGUCAUUUAUGAAAAUGAAGGCUUUAGGUUCUCCUCCGAUGACUUUGCCAGUGGUUGCAAUUCACAUACCCCAAGGAGUCUCACACUGGGUCGUAAACCCUUUGGGUCCUCCUCUGGAGGAGGAAAGCCCCUCCGGAAAGUAACGCCAGAUCUAAGCCGGAGUCACUCUCUUGGCCGUGCUGAGAGACACAGCCCCAAGUCAUCAUCAGACGAAUCCGGACGCAAUCCCAAAAGAGAGCCUGUCAUGCGAAAAGAUGUGGAGAUCCGGGUUGGUCAAAGUCCCUUAGCCAGGCCCAAACCAGUGGUGCGACCCAAACCUCUGCUUACAAAGUCAGAGCCACAAAGUCCCGAAAGAAUGGACAUCAGCAGCCUACGCCGCCAGCUUCGGCCCACCGGAAGUCUUCGGCAAGGCCCGAUCCGUGCAGUACGUGGCGGUGAAGAUUCCGAGUCUGCUUCCGUUGUGUCCUCUGAGGAUUCCGUCUCCUCUAGAAGUACCUCCGAUCUCUCCAGCGUCUAUUCCAAAGGUAGCCGAGGUGGGGAAUCCGACCAUGAAAGUGUGCUCUACAGGACCACAGAUGCCUAUGAACGGGCCCAAGAGUCAGAGGUCAGCUUCCCAGCUGGUGUGGAGGUUGAGGUACUGGAGAAGCAGGAAAGUGGAUGGUGGUAUGUCCGUUGGGGCGAUGAUGAGGGAUGGGCACCUACUUUCUACUUCAAGCCAGUCAAGAAUACCCAAAACGUCAGUGUACAAGAAUCCCGUGAUGGCCCUCUUGUUGAUCUUGGUAGCACCAACAAGUCCAACAGCCUCGAGAAAAAUGAGCAGCGUGUUCAGGCCCUUAACAACCUAAACCAGCAGAACCUGAGGAGUAUGAGCAACCCUAGUCCACCAAUCCCAUCCAAACCACCGGAGGGUUUUAGCAAACCAACCGCAAUGCUGAAUGGUUCAGGUGUACGGAUGAGGAACGGUGUCCGUCAAGCAGCAGUGCGACCGCAGUCAGUGUUUGUAUCUCCACCACAGCCUCUGAAGGACACCAACAUCCACACAGGGUCUUUGAGAAGAAAUGAAUCACUGGGUGCAGGCGACCACUUGAGGUCCACAGGCGGCGUAAGGCGAAACUCCUCCUUCACUGCCGUUCGACCGCAGGCGGUGACUGAUGUACGGGUCAGGUCUGGGACCACCAUUACAGCACCCGCCGGAAGUUCAAGCCCCUUGAUUGCCCAGAGAAACGGAAUUCCAAUCUCUACAGUAAGACCCAAGCCCAUCGAGAAGACACACCUCAUUCACAACAACCUUCGAGAGGUUUACGUAUCUAUCGCUGACUACCGUGGUGACGAAGAGACCAUGGGUUUCUCAGAGGGCACUAGUCUUGAAGUUCUGGAGAAGAAUCCAAAUGGAUGGUGGUACUGCCAGGUUCUCGAUGGCUUACAGGGACGUAAAGGCUGGGUACCGUCUAACUACCUGGAGAGAAAAAAGUAAUUCCCCAAAAAUGUUUUAAACAUGCACAAUUGUAAUCAAAAUGUAAAAAGAUGAACUGACUGAAGGACUUUUGGUUUGAAACGAGAGGGACAGCCUUUUAGAAAGGAGUUUACAUUAAAACUAGAGUAAUGCAGGUGAAUGUUUAGCAAAAUACCUGCCGUAACUUUAUGCCAAAUGGGUGCCUUCGUACAUCUUUCACUGAAUGUUAAGAGGAAUCGGUCAAAUACCAGUGACACAACGAAAAUACCAAACUUCAACUUAGUGCCAUAGGCCUACAAGUACAGAAAGCAACAAACUUAUUUUUGUUACAACAAAUACCAGUGAGAAAGAUCAUUUCAGCAUAGGUGCAUAACCAAAAGUGCAAAUCCAAUCUUAAGCACUUGUAAACAAGAAUAUCCUGUUUAAAAAUUUUUGAACAAAAAACCAACGUCGAAAGUUAUCUUAGCAUUGAGUGCGCUCAAAGAAACAAAGCAUAACUUUGAUUGUCGUUUUUUUAAAAACUAUCCUUUUUUUAAUUGUUUUGUGUUGAUGUUUGUGUUAUAUCUUCCUUAGAGAUGUAUUUCUGCUUUCUUGUAACAUCCUAAAGCCUCGUACACACCGGGACGAUUAUCGCGCGCUUAUAGCCGACGUUUUUCGACGUGUCUUUUGUGUUCAUACCCAAGCGAUUUUCGCAGGUGAUGA